AUGUACAACGAGAACAAGAUCAAUGUCAUUUGUCUUCUCUAUUUCUCUUUGUCCGCCGUCGCCAUCGCCCAACAACCGCAGUUUACGUGUCCGAAUAAUGCGAAUCCGUUGGUGGCUAACAGUGGUACCAAUCUGUUUUGUACGUCGGCUGGAAGUAAUACGGACUGUCCGACGGGUUCCAUCUGCACCACAGCUGCCAACGCUGCCGGCAUCUUAAUCUGCUGUUCCCAAUCAACGAAUGUGAAUCCUGUUUGUCCGAAUUCCGCAAUAUCUCAGCCGUCAAAUAUUGGCUAUGUGGAAUGUCAGUUCAAUAAUCCUACAAAUUGUAUAUCAGGCUAUCAAUGUGUCCAAUCAGCCAACCUGGCCAACACAUUCAUCUGCUGCUCCACAUCAGCAUCCGUUGGCUCAUGUCCAUCGGAUUUCACACCGGCAGUUGGCACAAACGGGGGAACGAUCUCCUGCAACCCAUCUGCUUCUACUUGCCCAAGUGGAUCUUCUUGUAUGCAGAGCACCCUAAACACCGCUUUUAUCUGUUGUAGAUCUGCGAAUUCUCAAAGAAUAUGUGCCAACAAUCAGAAUGCGUUGAUCACAAAUGGAGCAUUAGAGUUGUGUACGACACCGGGAACGCAAUGCUCAUCGACCGGCUACACUUGUCAACUAUCUGUCCUGCUUGCGACAUACGUUUGCUGUGGACAAGGAUCCACUGGAAGCUCAAUCGGAUGUGCGGAUGGGCGGCCUGUAUAUCAACAGAGAGUUGGAGAAACGUAUACUUGUGAUAUUACAAGUUCACUGAAUAGUUGUCCAUCUGGAUACGAUUGUGCGCUAUCUGACGACUCGUUUGUGAAUGUUUGUUGUUUGACAGACACCUCGUGUCCUAUCGGAUUCUCAUGUGCUCCUUCCAAUCAAGUAUCCCAAUUUCUAUGCUGUCGAUUAGCCUCGUCUCUAGUUUGUAUCAAUGGAAAAACGUUGUUGGUGAAUGGUGCACCGAAAUUGUGUACGCCUACUACUUACAGUCAGUGUCCUUAUAAUUAUUCAUGUCAGCAAAGUGUUAAUCCAACCGUCACAGUAUGCUGUUCCAACACUUGA